CUCGUUUUGGGUGUUUGAUUAAAUUUACAACAACGGAGCAGACGUAGAAUAAUAAAAAAACAAAAAAAAACCAAACUGAGAGCUCUCUUUCUAUAGGGGACCGCCUUCGGAUCUCUACUGCGCCUGUCCAUUGAAACAAUCGAUAAGCAAUAACCAAUACCCUAUGACCCGUGGCCAAUCACCAAUACCGAUGAAUAUGCAAAUACAUUUAUAUAUAUAAAAUAUAUAUAUAUAAAUAUAUUAUUGCAGGCGUGGCACCAAGUGUGUUUUCAUGUUUGUUUUUUUGCAAAGGAAAAUGCCGAAUAACGAGAGACCACGAGCUCUAGCAAAGCACCGCAAUAAGAGUCGGAUGCGAGCAGCUGCCUCCAUGCCGGAUGACCUGCUGGAAAAUCACCUUCAAAAGCUUUUUGAGGAGCAGGAAUUACUUCAAAACCUCCUGAUUAGCCAUCACCCAGGUAUUAAGUCUCAACAGCCCGACCUUGGCGCCGAGAGUAACUAUGAGUUUAAUACUCAAGACGAGGACGGCAAUGACGAGGUAAACUCGUUCAAGUUACUAAAUAUAAAGGUAAAGCUAAGGAUAUACUCUUUCGAAUUUUUUUCAACUUGAAUUGUCAACAAUUCAAUAAUUUCAAUAAACUUUUCUGUCACUAAAUCCGUUAAAGGAGAUGGCUGAAGAGGAUCAAAAGGAUAUUAAUGACCAGCCGACAGAAGCUGCUAUUUUGGCCGAGGAUGUGGUGGACUUGUCAAGUCCUCCAAAAUAUGAGAACAUUUUUAAAAUUCUACCGCCAAAGUAUCCCUAUCCCAAGAAGCGCACCUCGAGGGCCACUCCAUUACCCAUUUUAAUAGGAAAAUGCACCCCACCCAAGGUCAACGGUCAGGGCUUCGAUCCACCUUUUCUAUAUCCCGAAUUCAUUGCCAAAAACGAGAAAAGUCAAGUAAAUUACAUCUUCAUUUUAGUGGAUAGUUUGGUAAUGCAAAUGGAGCGUUUCCUUAAAAUAAGUGAAAAAUCAAAGGUGGAGGAAGCCAUAAAAAAGCUUCCACCAAUCACUGGAGCCGUUCCAAAAUCGAGGCCCCGAAAUCAGAUUAAUAUAGAUCAAGUGUGCCACGCCAAAUACUCAAUUACUGUCAAGCCACGUGUCAAGGAACCAAAACAACACAUUCAUCCAAAGAAUAAACGUUUGACCAAUACUAAGGAGCAAUCCCAUUUUGUAACAUCGAAGACGAAUCCUGAACCGGAACCCGAACCCGAUUUGGAUUGUGAAUUUGGUAUGGACCUUAUUGAAAAAUUUCGAGCCAACACAGUGCGUAAUGAAACUAAUGAAGAAAUCAAGAAAGAUCGAGGGAAUCCCAGUGGCUAUAAUACAAUUGCACAUGCGAAGAAAGUAGAAUUUGAAAAACUGAGUAUUUCUUCUGAUUGUGAGAACGAAUACUCGGAUUUUUCUAUUCUUGAAGCGGCUAUGACCAAGGACCGUAGAAAUCUAAAAGAAUGUCAGAAAAAGGAUUUCAUUAUCAUUCAUAGACCUAGGACGCCUAUCACGCGACCAUGUACGCCUAUUGAUAAUGAUGAUGUGCCUACCACAUCCAGUCAGUCGAAAUUCUAUCAACAAUUUGUCGGGGAAUCUAAGGGCACUAAGCCCGAAAGAGGUACUCUGCCACCGUGGUAUAUAUCAAAACCUAGAGGUCUUCUAGAAUUGGAGGAUUGGCAAAAAGAAAUCAUCCUGUUUGUAAGAAGAUAUAAGAAAGAGAUAAAACGAAGAAAGAAAUUUAAAUCGAAGUAUAAAGAUCAUGAAAUACCGCCUAAGACACUUUAUCCCUUACUUAAAAUCAAAAAGGAAAAACUGCGUAGCGCUGAACUUCAACGAAAAUUCUCAUAUAUAAAAUCUAAGUGGAAAAAAAGAAGUUACAAGUUUUUUUAUGCUAAAAAACUGCAAAGGGAAUGGAUAAAGGCUGAACGCCUUUAUAAGCGAAUUCGUCUUAUAGCAUUAUUUACCCCUCAUGAACUCUAUGAUAUUAAGAAAAAGGCGACAAAAAAGGAAGAACGUUCACAAACUCGUUUACUUUUCAAUGUGCCAAGCCAAUCACCGGUGAUACCCAUAUGUAUGCCAUGUGCAAGGAAAAGGGAUUGUCCAGUUGAUGAAGAAAAACCUAUAAUUGAAAUUUCCUUAAAUACGACGACUCAGGAAACUCGAGAGCCUGUUGACCGUGGUCAGAGAUUGAAGAAUAUUUUCCUGGAUCGAAUUAGAUUGCAGAGUCAAGAGAAGUUACAUCAUUUGGUAUUACCAGAGGAUCCUGUAGAAGCCAAGUAUUUACCUCUUAUCGAGCAUCGCAAGACCCGAUAUACAAAAAACCAACAAAAACAAUUAAUUAAUAAAAAAUCCGCAAUAGAACAGGAUUUAGAUACUGAUAGUAUAAGGAAUUAUUGCAUCUCAUCAACUCAAUCCACUUCCGCUUCUACCAAAUCUAUAGACACAGUUAGUACUCUAUAUUAUGAUGCUAAAGAAUCGAAAACCUUUUAUGAAAAUCAAGGUGAACCUGUUCCAAAAGAACAUUUAGAUACUGAUAGUAUAAAGAAUUAUUGCAUCUCAUCAACUCAACCCACUUCCGCUUCUACCAAAUCUAUAGACAAAGUUAGUACUCUAUAUUAUGAUGCUAAAGAAUCGAAAACCUUUUAUGAAAAUCAAGGUGAACCUGUUCCAAAAGAACAUUUAGAUACUGAUAGUAUAAGGAAUUAUUGCAUCUCAUCAACUCAACCCACUUCCGCUUCUACCAAAUCUAUAGACACAGUUAGUACUCUAUAUUAUGAUGCUAAAGAAUCGAAAACCUUUUAUGAAAAUCAAGGUGAACCUGUUCCAAAAGAACAUUUAGAUACUGAUAGUAUAAGGAAUUAUUGCAUCUCAUCAACUAAACCCACUUCCGCUUCUACCAAAUCUAUAGACACAGUUAGUACUCUAUAUUAUGAUGCUAAAGAAUCGAAAACCUUUUAUGAAAAUCAAGGUGAACCUGUUCCAAAAGAACAUUUAAAACGGGAUACGGAAAAAUAUUUGUUUGACCCUAAUACAACGAAAAUAUCCAAAGAAAAACCAGAUUUCAGAAGUUAUAUCGAUAUUGAUGAUUUUUCCCUAGCCAUCCUACGGCAACUGUCCACAAUAAAAGUUAAGAAGGGUAAACGCCUUAUUGAUUGUUAUUUAAGGAUAUCCAAUUAUCUGGAUCAUUUCUACUGGAAGCGUUUACUGCGCGAUGGUCUAUUUUUCCAUUGGUUUGUCAACGAGUGCUUUUUUCCGGCACACUACCUUCUCACUUUGAAAGAUCAUAGAAGGCUGGAUGUUGUGACAAAUGAUCAGCUUGAUGAAGAGAUUAUGAAUUAUAUAGAACAGGCAAAUAAGCCAGAUCAGCAGAGAAUAUCCCUUACAUGGCAAAUGGCUCACCUAAUGGUUACCUCCUAUUUUCGAGUACUCUGGCAUAGCGCCGUUGCCGAACAUCGGCCCAUCGAAAAAAGAUGUUUGCUAAGGUGUCGCUUUGCUAUAUCUGUGGUGGAACAUUAUCAGCAGGAGAAAGGUCGCAGUGUAAUAACAGAUCGAAUCGAUUGUCUAAAAUUAAUGAAGUGGGCUUUAAAACACGAAAGUCGUCUUAGUCUGGUUUACGAUGAACCAUUGGGUUAUGCCGAGGAACGAGCAAACAUAAAUACAUGUCUGCUGAUGCGUACCCCUAAUUUGGAUUCUUUCAAGGAGUUUUAUCAACGUCGUGUACUACCCAGACCUGAUGCAUUGUCUAUAAAUCCGUUACCUGAUGAAAUCAGACGUUAUCCAAAAAGGAACGGUAAAUAUCCAAUCAAUUUUGUAUGUCCCAUUAAGGGUUGUCAAAUGGGAUUGAAUUCAAAUUCGGUAAUGUCCCACUUUCUCACCGAUCAUUGCCGUCGCUUGGAGGAACUUUGGCUAACGGAUCGUAUGAUCAUCCUUUUCUAUCCCCAAUCUUAUCCACCUAAACAAAUUUAUUGCAUUUGUGUUAUCGCUUUAUUGGCAAGAAUGCCCUGCAAUACGGCACCAAUACCCAGGACUAUUAUAAACGAGGAUUUACCAUCCAAAUAUCUUUAUUUUUCUGAACAUGCCGCAUGUUUUCUUAUGUUUGCUAAAGUUCAAAAAGAAAAUGAUUGGGUAAUCCCGAAACAAGAGUCUCCGUUCAAAGGAAAAUAUAUAAAAGGCAAGAAAUCCCUAACUUUUAUAAAAGAAGAAUCUUUAUAUAUAUUUUGGCUGGCCACUGCCCAUUAUAAACUUCAUAAUGUCGGAUGUCGUCUAUAUGUCUAUUGCCAAGACCGCAGUGUCAAAGGAAAUUCCCUUUUAAAUUUUUUUUACAUAAACGAAUUCAAGAAUAUGGCAGAUUUAAUAACUAAUUAUCCAGAUAGCUAUUUGGCCAUAGACUAUCCUACAAUGGUAGCGCUCACAAAGAAUUUUAAGGAGCUCGUCUUUAUUGAAGUGCGUUAUAUCAAUAAAUUGGUUGAUGAUCCCAACUCUGGUGAUGAAAAAUUUGAUCUAUAAAGUAUAAGGGCAAGGUUAGAUUAUAGUGUAAUAUUGCCUUUAAUAUUCGCUUCUUAACUAAUCUACUUUUAUGUACGUUUCAUUACAGAGCGAUUUUGAAAACAAAAAAAAACACUGAAGGAUAUUUGAAGAUAAAAUACUUUUUAAAGUAAUUGUCCAUUUUAAUACGUUAAUGUGGGAAAUAAUAUAAUUUUAUAUAACAUUUUAAUGUAAUUUUCAAUAAACAAACGGUUGUGUGGGUAUAUAAUUAUAUAAAAAUGUUUGUUAUAAAUAGCAAAAUAAAUAUAAUUAUGUAAGAGAGUCCUUAUUUCAUUCCGUUUUAAUAUCCAGUUAUCGCAAAAAAAGCAAUCAAAGAAAAUUUAAAUAAGCAAAGCGGAGGAGCAAAUCAAAAACAAUUACGCGGCAAAUGACAUUAUCAAAUGUCAAAUGUCAUGUUCGGUGAGACCCCCACUUUUUAUAUAUAUUUUUUUCUUGAACGCUCUCCCUUACCAACUUUUUAUUUUUUGAAUCUUGUAUCUGGAACAUCUCGCGUAUCACAAAAACUCAAA